UCACGCGAGAAUUGGUCCCUGAAUAUCACGCCAGGAAAUCCAGAAAUCUCUCUCUUUUUGCCCGCUGCUGAAAUAUCACCAUGGUGGGUGUAACAGUAAAAGACGUGGAGCAGGAUGUCUUCGUCAAAGCCUUUGCUGCUUUUCUCAAAAAGUCUGGUAAACUUAAAGUUCCAGAGUGGGUUGAUAUUGUGAAACUAGGAAAACACAAGGAAUUAGCUCCAUAUGAUCCAGACUGGUAUUACGUCAGAUCAGCUUCUCUCUGUAGACAUCUCUACUUCAGGGGAGGUGUUGGUGUGGGAGCUGUUAUGAAAAUUUAUGGUGGUCGAAAGCGUAAUGGUACAGCACCCAGCCAUUAUUGCCUAGGCUCUUCGUCUGUUGCCAGAAAAGUUUUACAAUCACUAGAAGGAAUGAAGCUGGUAGAAAAAGAUGGUAACAGUGGUAGGCGGCUCACUAGUCAAGGACAGCGAGACUUAGACAGAAUUGCUGGUCAGGUGUAUGCGAAGGUGCACGGACUAUCAAAAUAAGAAGGCAAUGGCUUGGCAGUAUUAAUAAAUAAAAAAUAAAAAAAAUAUUGUAAA